CAGUUGAAACGGUUAGAUCUUGACCCGAAGAACAACAAGCAGGAGCAUCGUAUCAUUGAUAUAAGAAUAUGAGUGGCAGUUAUAAUUGGCAAUCGAAAAGGAAAUCGCAGCAGAAAAUUUAAAGUUAACGCUAAGAAAUGAGACCUAACAUUGUCGCAGAGGCAGGAUUGCCUACUAGAGUGGGGCAAUGGUGGGAAAGCAUUCCGUUUCUAACUUCUGCAGUGGUGAUUGUUUGUGGGACUAUCUACUUGGUUUGCCUCUUCAUCGGAUAUGACUCCUUUUAUGAAAUAUGCUUCUUGCCAUCUGCUGUUAUCUCACGAUUUCAAGUUUACAGGAUUUAUACAUCCAUUAUUUUUCAUGGUUCAUUGCUUCAUGUGCUGUUCAACAUGCUUGCUUUGGUGCCUUUGGGUUCUGAACUCGAGAGAAUCAUGGGAUCUAUCCGCUUGCUAUACUUGACGAUUUUGUUGGCUACAAGCAAUGCUAUAUUUCAUCUUCUAAUAGCAUUGUUGGUAGCUCAUAAUCCUUUUCGUCCAAAUCAGUAUCUCAUGGAUGAGUGUGCAAUAGGCUUCUCCGGAAUCUUAUUUUCCAUGAUUGUGAUAGAGACAAGCUUGAGUGGAGUUCAGUCAAGGAGUGUGUUUGGUCUCUUUAAUGUUCCUGCUAAGUGGUAUGCGUUUAUUUUAUUGAUAGUAUUCCAGCUUCUUAUGACGAAUGUCUCUUUACUUGGACAUCUAUGUGGCAUCUUGUCAGGAUUUGCAUAUACCUAUGGCUUAUUCAACGUCUUGAUGCCUGGAACAACUUUCUAUUCUGCCAUUGAGGCCUCCUCUUUGCUUUCCUCUUGUGUGAGGCGGCCCAAAUUUAUUAUGUGCACUGGUGGGAAUCCGACAGGGUACAUACCCACAUAUUCCAGCCAAAACACAACCUCCAGUGGAUUAUUAUCCGGAAAUAUAUGGAGGAACUUGUCUUCAUGGAUGCCUCAGAGGGAAACAUUUGCUCAGUCUACACAAGACAGCAGGUUUCCCGGGAGGGGAAGGACUCUUGGUUCUACAGGCAGUCAAGUGAUUCCUGCUGUCAAUUCAGAUUCGAAUCUGCAGGCUAGACUCUUGGAUAAUAACAACUCAGACCAUUCAUCUAAUUUGGCUGCAACGGGUACAGUAGAGAGGCUAUCAGAUGGAAGGAGGUCAGCAGUAGAUAAUACAGUUGCAGCAGCUCCAGAAGGCCUUACACGCCAUCAGGAUUCAGUUGCUUCUGAUGAACAAAUCCAAAAACUUGUAUCUAUGGGUUUUGAGAAGACACAAGUUGAAGUUGCACUGGCAGCUGCUGAUGGGGAUCUUAAUGUAGCAGUUGAAAUUCUUAUGAGCCAGCAGGGAUAAAUUGCAAAAUAACCUAAUAAUUGACUCAUCAGGCAUGGAUCUCUCCAAGAACUCUGUUCAACUUUUCUAGUUCCAUCUUGCUUUGUUGCCACCUAUCUGAAGUCUCUUACGUGGAUACACUGCAUUGAUAGCAUUUUCAACAAAAGUAGGUAGAAAGAGGAGAACAUUUUGGGCACGAACCGGUGAUUAACUUCUGUUGAAAGAAGGGACUAGACUGGUAAAAUGUUGUCAACAAAGUGGAAAGGGACUGCUGUUGUACUGAUACAAGAUUCAAUUCCGUAUAACAAUUUCUUUAUGGCUGUACAAACGUUUAAUAUUCUGUACAUGUAUAGAAAUUCUUCUUGAAAUAGUUGGUCGAUUGUCGCUAGCACUGCAAAUGGGAAAAGCUGCCGCUUGAAAUCCCAUCGAUGUCGUUCAAGUGGUAUCGAAUCCAAAUUAUCUGCUCCAUUGAUAUUAUAAUUUUAAUUCUGCAUGGAAA